GACUUUAGCACGAGUUGGACACUUGUCAAGGUAAACUACAAAGGAGUGGAGCCGGAAAGGUCGUAUCAUCGGCUUUUUAACGGUUAUCGGGCUUUUUUGCACACUUGUGGAUUCAUACGAAAUCAUUUCAAUAACUCUUACGUGCCUUUUUGGUCGAUUUUCUAUGUUUACUCGCUUUUCAUUGUCGCAUCGCAAAACGAUGAAUUCAACAGGCAGUGUCUCUAGCUCCCCAGACUUUCUUCCCAAAGACGUCUUUGCAGAGGAUCAGGGAGGUAGCGGUCAACCGAGCACGUCCUGUACCAAAGAUAAACACAUACCGAACUCCGGGCAAUGCUUUUUGACUCAUUCAAAUCACUCUACAACAGAAAAGUCUACCGCCUCACCGGGAGAUCUGGCGUUUGCUCAGAAAUGUGCAGAUUUGCAAAGGUUUAACCGUCCUUUACUGGAGCUUCUUCAUGGACUAAAAAGCGGUCGUUUUGACAAAGGUCUGACCAGUUUUCAACAGAGCACUGCCAUUGACAGACUGCAAAGGAUUGUGGGUAUUUUGCAGAAGCCUGAAAUGGGUGAGAAAUACCUCCAUAAUCUUCUGCAGAUUGAAGUAAUGUUGAAGGCCUGGUUUCCUCAGGACAAAACAAAGACAAAUCAGCCCAAAACUUCAAAGCGUUCUCAUCACUGGUGCCAGAAUCAGCUGAAUAUCCCAGUCAAGAAGAGAAAGAUGAGUUGGCCUGAUCCUGACUGCUCUGGCGUACUUCCAACAAAGCAUAAACAGCAGGAAAAACAUGCAAUUUGUGACACUGUGACGUGUCUCCCUGAAUUGGAUGAACAAAGCUCUUAUAGGGCAAGGACUAACAAACAAUUGGAGCCUAGUUGUGCAGAUGGACAUGAGUGUAUUGCUUCAUCAGAAUUGGAAGAUAAAGACAUGCAUUGUGGGAUAUGUCAACAUGCUCCGGUAACUCAGGACAGCGCUGUAUCUUCAAGUACAACAACAGCAGAUUCACCUUAGCCGACCUGCCACAUGGAGGUGCUAUAGCGGGAGGGAGUGAAGGAUAGUCUGUGUUACAUAAGCUCACACUGCAGCAGUAUGUGACCGCCGCGGGGCAAGAAGAGGUGGAGAGACACAACAUGGAGUCAUUAACCACAAAAUGGACAGGGGACUAUUUAUACCACUUGAUGGUCAUCAGCUUAUACUUCAUUGGACUUUGGCCCACGUGUCAACAAGAGAAUCGCUUUUAAUAGUUUAAGGUGCGCAAGAAUCCCAAGUCAGUGGAGACGAUACAAAAAUUCAAACAUACAAUGAUGACAUGAGGGAAUUUCAGAACACGGAUGAUUGUUGACCAAAGUAUGCACAUUCAUGAAUUUUAAAAUGUAAGACAAAUGACAUCUAGUGCAAGUAAAAGAGUGCAUUUGCACUUAGCUUUUAUUUUUUCCAGGUAAAAAAAUGUCAUAAAAUGUUCAAACAGAGGAAAGAAUGUCCUAGUCUAAUGGAUGGUGUAUUUAGAUUGUUUAAAGCUUCAGAGGUGAAAAUUCCUUACUGUUUUAGGGAAACCUGUGGGUUCUCAACACAUUAACAUUUCAAGUAUUGUGGACCAUUGUUUAUAGAAAAAAGUCAUAUCAUUCAUGUUGAAUGGAAUUUAAUCUCUGGUGGUUUGCACCGGUUGGCCUUAACUUGACAAUCAGAACACAUAACAUUACAUAUUUAGGCCUAAAAAGAGAAAAAAUGCAGCCAGUAAUAAAGCUGGCCUUAAACUUUUAGCACCUUUUGUUCCUUUUGAUGCAUUUUUGAAGGCUUUUGUUGUUGUUGUUAUUGUUUUAGAUCUUUAUUGUAUGUUUUUUUUUUUAAGGAACUCUGCUUAAUGUUUCACAAAACUGUUAAAUAAUUGCAAUUUCAAUGCAACAUUUCAAUGUAUUAAAAUAAACAGCAUAGCUUCUUUUUAAUGCAGAA